AUGACAAAAGGCAAACAUGCAAAUAUGAUUGAUGUAUCAACGAUUGUACAUAAUCAUUUGCUUAAGGAACUCGAAUUAGAAUGUAACUUUUUCGAGCAUACAUUAACAAUGGAACAACUUAGUGAUCUUCAUCCAUUAUCACGAAUAAACUUAGAACAUCCAGAAUGCAGUAAAGGUUUAAAUAAGGAUGAAGCUGCUAGCCGUUUGGUAACGGAUGGACGUAAUGUUGUAUUCGCUGUUACUGGUCGAACAACAACAAAAUUAUUGUUGAAGCAAUUUUCUCAUACAUUUCGAUUAAUGUUAUUAACUGCUGCACUUACCUGUUUUAUCAUUUAUGCAUUGGAUACAACACGAUUUAUUGAAAUUUAUCUUGGAAUUGCUCUAAUUGUUAUAUUUUUUAUCCUCUGUGGUGUUAGUUAUUGGCAAGAACAACAUGCAAAAAAGAAUAUGCAAUGCUUUCAAUCAAUGAUGACAACAUAUUGUUAUGUUGUUCGAGCUGCUGAACGUAUACGUAUUAAUGUUUCUGAUGUUGUCAUUGGUGACAUCGUCUAUCUCUGUCCUGGCUCUCGUGUACCAGCUGAUUUACGAUUAAUUUAUACGGAUGAAUUAAAAUUGGAUACAUCAUGGAUAACAGGUGAAUUGGAACCACUUGAUUUUUGUGAUACUACGGUACCAAAAAAUGUAACAGCUUUAGGUGCACAAAAUAUUGCACUUAAUGGUUGCUUAUGCACCAAUGGUACCGGAUAUGGUGUAGCUAUUAGGACAGGUGAUAGAACGAUAAUUGGUAAAAUUGCACGUGUAACAAGUAAACAAAAAGGUGAACCAACACGUUUAGAAUUAGAGCAUAAACGUUUCGUUAAUUUUAUUUCAACAUUAGCUAUUACAAUGGCUACGAUUACAUUUGUUAUUGGCUUAUUGCUUACAAAUUUUCAACAUCUUAUAAAUACAUUUGUAAAUGGUUUCCUUGUUAUUAUUAUUGCAAAUAUUCCACAAGGUCUUCCAAUUACACUUGGUGCAGCAUUAGCAAUUGUUGCACGACGUUUAGCUAAACAAAAUAUAUUUAUGAAACGAUUAGAUGUGGUGGAAACAUUAGGUACAGCAACAGUGGUAAUGUGUGAUAAGACGGGUAUCUUUACCUUAAAUGAUAUUACCGUUUCUGAUUUAUGGUACCAGUUACAUUACUUUAAAGGUAUAGAUGAACUGAAAGCUAAACGAAAGCAUUUAUCAGUAACUGAUUUAUCAGUACCAUUAUCAGAAUGUAAUAACGAUACUUUGGUAGCAUUACUAACUGUUAUGUCAAUAUGCAAUAAAGCGCAUUUGGAACCGUUAAAUUCACGUGGUAUUUAUGCGUGGCAUAUGGUUAAUAAACUUUCACGUGCAAGUAAUACCAUUACGAUACAAUCACUAUUGGAUGGAAAGGUAUCACGUGGAAAAAUAUCAGAUGCUGAAGUUGAACGUACAGUACGAUCAGCUUUUCAUCAUAAAGUAAUUACUGGAAGUGAAAAUGAGGUUGCACUACUGAAAUACGUCGAAGAACUAGCAAAUGGUGAAAGAAUUCGACGCAAUUAUGAAAUUAUUUUUGAAGUACCAUUUAAUAGACAGCGACGCUUUCAAAUGGUAAUCGUUCGUCAACGAUCUAAAAAUGAUUCCACAAAUAAUGGUAAUACAAAAUUGUAUUUUCUUGUCAAAGGUGCUCCCGAAGAAUUAUUUGCUCAUUGUAAAUUGUUAGCUACCGAAGAUGGUUGUAUUAAAAUAUCGGAUGAUUUUAUUGCUCAAUUCUCGGAAGCUUAUACCAAGUACGGUAAUGAAGGAAAGAGUUGUAUUGCAUUUGCAAUAGCAGAAUUUGAAGAAUUAAAUUUAAUUGAAUAUUCUGGAUCAUGGGAUGGCUUAAAUCGAUUAAAUUUAUGCUUUCUUGGUAUGGUAGCUAUGUAUGAUCCACCACGAGAUACAGCACUGGAAUCAUUGCAAACAAUGAAAAAUGCAGGUGUAAAAUGUUUUAUGGUUACCGGUGAUCAUCCAUCAACAGCUGCUGCAGUUGCCGGACAUUUCGGCUUAGCCGUACCACGUGCAUCUAUUGUUUCAUUGAAUACGGAAAUGGAAAAGAAAUCAAAUUUGCUAUCAGUAAUUCAUUGUGAAAUGAUUGAUACAUUAAGCGAGCAAUUAUGGGAUGAUAUAUUGAAACAGGAAUUUGUUGUAUUUGCUCGUGCCACACCUUCUCAUAAAUUAAUUAUCGUUAAGGAAUGUCGUCGUCGAGGUGAAGUUGUAGCAGUUACUGGUGAUGGUGUCUUAGAUGCACCAGCAUUAAAGGAAGCUAAUGUUGGUAUAGCUAUGGAAGCCGUUGAAAGUGAUGUUAAACAUAUUGUUAAAAGCAUCAAGGAAGGUCGAUUGCUAUAUGCAAAUUUGAAGAAAACAAUAGCAUAUACAUUAGCUCAUAUGGUACCUGAAUUAUGUGCUGUUAUGCUAGCAUUUGCUAUUGGUUUUCCAAUUGGUCUAAGUAGUUUACAGGUUCUUUCAAUAGAUUUAAUCACGGAGAUACCACCAUCAAUAGCACUUACAUAUGAAGCUGGUGAAAAGGAUAUCAUGUGUAGACCACCAAGAAAACUAACUGCUCGACUUGUGUCAAAAGCACUUCUUGUUUAUUCAUAUAUUUUUGUUGGUAGUAUUAUAUCAGUUGGAUGUUUUAUUGCAUAUUUAUUCGUUUUUUGGUUCUAUGAAAUAAGUCUAGGUGAUUUAUUUCAUUCAAAUAUUAAGCAUUGGCGACCAAAUGCUGAAAUGUUGUCAACUACAACCGGGAAGCAUUAUACAGCUGAAAUGCAAAUGCUUAUUCAUGGUCAAGCAAAAGCUGCAUGGCAUAUUACAUUAGUUAUGUCGCAGGUGUUUCAUUUUUGGCUUUGCACAACGAGAAGAAUCUCCGUUUUCAAACAUGGCACGCAAAAUAUUGCAGCAGUUCUUGCAUUACUUAUUGAAAUUUGCAUUCUCAAUUUUAUGAUUUAUAUGCCAGGUGUGCAACAUUGGCUUAGUGUUACUCAUCCACCAGCAUUUGUUUGGCUAUUUUGUUUACCUGUUGGUAUUAUUCUUAUUAUUUUCAAUGAGACUCGGAAAUGGCUCAUUAGACGCUAUCCAACCAGUAAUAUUAUACGAGCAUUAAAAUGGUAG